AAAAGGGCUUCUCUUCUCUUCCACUAUAAGGAGCCACAACCUCUCAAAACCCUCUCCACCAUAGACUCAGAAUUUCAGCUUCUUCUCCAAAUCUUUCAUGACUACCACUACUCACAAACAGCUUGAAGUUCUUACAGAUGAUCAAACACCACAGAAAUGGUGUGUUCUAUUGAGAGAAGAAGUGUUCAAAAAGUUCAUGUCUCAAGAUAUCUUAUUGUCUAGUCUAAGAAGCUCUGGCCAAAGCACUAUUGAUUGGUUUCAGACAGAGCAAUAUUAUGUGCUCAAAGCAGAACUACCUGGAGAAGGGAAAAACAGUGUUCGAGUGUAUGCUGAAAAUGCGAAGGUUUUGGAGAUUAGUGGGCAGUGGAAGCAGCAGCAACAGCAAAAAGAUCAGUCCAAGACAAACAGUACAAGAGAUUGGAGAAGUGGGAAUUGGUGGGAAUCUGGGUAUGUUAGGAGGCUUGAGCUCCCACAAGAUGCAGAUUGGAGAAAGAUAGAGGCAUAUGUGACCAAUGACCUGAUUCUGGAAAUCAAAAUUCACAAGAUCAACAACUCCUUGGAUGCUGAUAAUAAUCAGAACACUACUGCAUAAUAUAUGUGAUGAAGGAAUGAAUCAGUGUAAGUAGGCCUAAAACAAAUUACUGGGGGGACUUGUUUAUUUUGUCAUUACUGUGUAGAUUCUGUGAUGAUCUACUACUAUAAUCUAUUAGGAGCAGAAUCAUGUAGUUAAGUAAAAAUAUUUCAUUGGGGCAAAUGAACCAACAAUGGGGAUGUAGCUCAGAUGGUAGAGCGCUCGCUUAGCAUGCGAGAGGUACGGGGAUCGAUACCCCGCAUCUCCAAUCUGCUGGUUUACGUUUUCUUUUUUCUUCUUUGUCGUUUAGCUUAUACGGCCUGUCGUUCAAUCAACAUUAACAUCCCAAAAUUCAAUAUCUGUGCUCAAACCAAAAAGAAGGCAAAUCCAUCGAAAAAAAAAAAUAGUUUUGGGUAGAUUUUUGGUUUGAAAAUAUCAAUUUGCACCCUGUUCAUCAGUUGCUCUUGAACACGAUGACCUGGAUAUGCAACCCGCCCCUAGUAUUUGGGUAGAUCAUGGUGAGCCAAAUUUUUCUAAUUGAA